AUGUCACAAUUAAUGGCAGAUUUGCCGGCCAAUCGCGUAAACAUUGUUGAAAAGCCAUUCACCAACGUAGCAGUAGACUACACCGGUGCAAAUCCAUACAAAACGGCAAAAGGUAGGGCUGGUAAAAUUUCUAAGGCUUACAUUUCAAUAUUUGUCUGUAUGGCUACAAAGGCACUUCAUAUCGAACUAGUAUCAGAUUUAACAGCCGACGCGUUCAUAGCUGCCGUUCGCAGAUUGGUAGCGCGUCGUGGAAUGAUCAAGAGCUUCAACAGUGACAAUGGCACAAACUUUGUAAAAGCUAAUAAAGAUCUAAGUGAUUUAUUUGAAAUCGAAAAAGAAGAGUUCAAAACAAUCUGCGAUGAACUUUCAAAGCAAGGCAUUUCUUGGCAUGGUGCGCCUCAUUUCAAUGGCCUCGCCGAGGCUGGUGUGAAAGUUGCAAAGACUCAUUUAAUAAAAACAAUCGGAAAAACUGCGCUAACAUUUGAAGAAUGUGCAAAUUCAAGACCACUUUGUGCACUAUCUACUGACCCUGAUGACAUCGAUUGCCUAACACCUGGACAUUUCUUGAUUGGGGCACCGUUACUGGCACCACCCGACGAAAGCUACAUCGAAUCGAAC